GGGAAUCUUAAAGUCUCUGACUUUGGUCUCAGCGCGGUGGCAGAGCAGCUUCGACAGGACGGGCUCUGCCACACGUUUUGUGGGACUCCAGCCUAUAUUGCACCCGAGGUUCUGACUCGAAAAGGGUACGACGCAGCGAAAGCUGACGUUUGGUCUUGUGGAGUGAUCUUGUUCGUGUUGAUGGCUGGUCACGUUCCGUUCUACGACAAGAACAUAAUGGUUAUGUACAAGAAGAUUUACAAAGGCGAGUUUAGGUGUCCUCGUUGGUUUUCAUCGGAUCUUGUUAGGUUAUUGACUCGGCUUCUUGAUACGAAUCCGGAUACUCGGAUUACUAUACCGGAGAUCAUGAAGAACAGAUGGUUCAAGAAAGGUUUCAAACAUGUUAAAUUCUAUAUUGAAGAUGAUAAACUAUGUAGGGAAGAUGAAGAUGAGGAGGAAGAGGCAUCAUCAUCUGGACGGUCUUCGACGGUUUCAGAGAGCGAUGCGGAGUUCGUUAUGAAACGGAUGGGGGUAGGGUCAAUGCCAAGACCAGCGAGCUUAAACGCGUUUGACAUUAUAUCCUUCUCUUCCGGGUUUGAUCUGUCUGGUUUGUUUGAGGAAGAAGAAGGAGGAGAAGGGACGAGGUUUAUAUCAGGUGCUCCUGUUUCAAAGAUCAUAUCGAAGUUGGAAGAGAUUGCGAAAGUCGUGAGCUUCACGGUGAGGAAGAAAGAAUGGAGUUUGAGACUAGAAGGUUGUAGAGAAGGAGCAAAAGGGCCUUUGACGAUUGGAGCUGAGAUAUUUGAGCUGACUCCAUCUCUAGUGGUGGUGGAGGUGAAGAAGAAAGGAGGAGACAGAGAAGAGUAUGAAGAGUUUUGCAACAAGGAACUCAGACCGGAGUUGGAGAAACUAAUCCACCAAGAAGUUGUAGUAGANCUGUAA